UUAUACCUGAGUGUAUGCAGUUAACACCCCCUGCUUAAACCAGAGAGAAAUCUACAAGUUCAAUGGAGACAAGCUAAUAACUUCUUUCAGAGGUAACCAAGAGUAAAACUGGAGAUAUGGCAAAUAGCUCCAUCGAAAGGUAUGUGCAGCUGUUCCAGAUAACCGUGUACAUUCCCACAUUUGUCCUGGGAUUGCUGUUCAAUGUGAUGGCUUUGUGGUUUGCCUUUUGUAAGAUCAGGAAGCUGACAGAAUCAACAAUCUACCUGGUGUCACUUAUUACUCUGGAUACCUUACUGUUGUUUACCCUUCCUUUUAAAAUCAUUUCCUACGACUCCAAGAACAAGUGGAACUUGGGGUCUACAUUCUGCUUGUUCCUGGAAAGCCUCUAUUUUGUGAACAUGUAUGGGAGCAUUCUCAUCUCUGCAUGUAUAUGUGUGGACAGAUAUAUUGCCAUCCGACAUCCAUUCUUGGCCAUUUCCCUGAGAUCCACCAAGAAAGCUGCUAUGGUCUGUUCCAUCGUCUGCGUGGGUGUCUGGGCCGGAACUUCUUUUACUUACCAAUUCCAUGAUGGCACAAACACUACGUGCUUCUAUGGCUUCUCUGAUAAAAUAUGGGAAAACCCAGCUGCGCUUGUCACCUUGGAGACUGUGUUUUUUGGCAGCAUGAUAGCAAUGAUCUUCUGCACAGUUCAGAUCAUCAUAUGCUUGAAACGGAGCAGAAGGCCAGACGAUCCCCUUACUGACACAAGUAAAUCAGUGAAGAUAGUCAUGGCAAACCUAGCCACAUAUGUCGUCUGUUUCACCCCUUUCCAUGUGAUGUUCUUCUUGUAUUAUUUGGUUAAAAAAGAUGUCAUCACAAGCAAUCCUCAGCAAAUCAUACACUCUUUUGUUCAGAUCAGCCUCUGCUGGGCUAACCUCAACUGCUGCCUGGAUGCAAUUUGCUAUUAUUUUGUCCUUAAGGAGUUUUUGAAACGCCUACCUCAGGAGAACUAGAUAACAACCAGGAGUAGUUAAUCAAAGUGCUGUGUGUCUCAAUCAUUCUGGGAGCAGAAGGGGAAAGCUUUUGAAAACUGGCCACUUCUAGCUAAUUUUGAAGAUUGUUUUCAUCUGAUGCUCACUGAACUCUCUCUCUCUUAAGCCAACAUCCAAAGGACCAGCAAAAAUCAAUUGCCAGAUAAAAGAAGUUCUAACUAACAGUCAAACAAAACUGUAUUUGAAAACCAAAUGGCUACCUGAAAGUGUUGCCUACUGGAGAGCUAUUUCAAUAGGAACUGUGGGGGCUCAGUUAAUGUAGGUGGAAUUUUUUUAUUUGAAAAUAUAAAUACAGUGAAACCUGUACUAAGAACCACCUCCUUUAUUGUUCCUUUUGCAUCUUGUUUUGUCUCGGUGUUUGUAAAAAAUAAGAAUUGAAACUAUUUCCUAUAAAUGGUAACACAAAUCCCAACCAUGAGUGGUGUCUCUUGAAAAGUGGGUUUAGUGUCAGCAAAGGUUCCAGACUGACUGCCCUGGAGCCAGAGAUCCUCUGCCUAUCCACGUGGCAGGCACAAAUUUAGGUCUGCCUGCUUUACUCACAUUGACAUAUUUUGCAAAUAAUCACAUUGACUUAAGUGGAACUCCUCAAUGAGUAAAGUACUUCUCAGCAUGAAUGAGGGUUGCAUAAUCUGGCCCUAUAUUUGCAUCCAGAACUCCAUAUGAACUUUGUGGUUUGAGGUUGCUCUGAACUAGCAUGUCUUGGGCAUGCCCCUUCCUUGCUUUACAAUCACUCACUGUGGAGCAGGAUUGUGGGCACCUUUUCCCCACCAUAGAGCUACACUGCUGGGGUUUGCUAACAGAAACCCAUAUACCCCUGGGCUGAAUCAAGCCCACACU